AUGCUGGAAGGACUUUGUCAGGAACAGAGUAGUGCAAAUACGAGAACUAGUUGCGGACGCUCACUGGCACCAUAUUUCUGGCAAGGAGAAUUCAGUGGACUGCGAUUCAAGAGGCAUCACAGCCAAUCAACUGACGAGGCUUGUAACUUAGAAGCUCGUCCUGGAAUUUCACUCAUAGCAGCAAUUCACGAUACAACAAUUCAAUGGGACUUGGUUAACAGAUAUUCUAAACUCAACAAGUUACUUAGAAUCACCGCCUUAAUCAUAAAAUUCACUCCAAGACUUCGACAUUCACCAGUUACCAGUCCUUUAGCAUCAAUCACAACAGCUGACAUCGAAAAAGCGAGAAUCUUCUGGAUAAAGUCUACUCAAGCAGCACAUUUUCACCAAGAAAUCAGGACUUUAUCCAACAAUCAACAUCUUCCACCAAACCAUUCAUUCAACAGACUCACAGCAUACGUUGAUUCAGAAGGAGUUCUACGAGUAGGAGGACGACUUCAGCAUGCUCAGUUGAGUCAUGAUUCAAAACAUCAAUCAAUUCUACCUCGACAUUCACCAUUCACCACUCUUGUUAUUAGACAUUAUCAUUUAACCACACUACAUGGUGGCACUCAACUUACACUCACAACAAUCAGACAACGUUACUGGAUCAUAGGUGGAAGAGCAUCAGUAAAAACAUUCAUUCUUCGGUGCAUCGAAUGUGCUCGACAAAGAGGCAUAAGAGCACAACAACUCAUGGGCCAAUUGCCACAAUCACGUAUCACUCCUUCACGGCCAUUCUCUCAUACUGGCAUAGACUAUGCUGGGCCAUUCACAAUCAAAACAUCAUCAGGCAGAGGAGCCAAGACUAGAAAAGCUUGGGUCUGUGUAUUUGUCUGUAGUCUGGAGUCAGUAGUGAAAUCACUUAAAUUUCAUUUGACGAGAACAGUAAAAGAAUCACUCUUCACGUUUGAAGAGAUCACCACACUACUGACACAAAUCGAAGCCAUUCUCAACUCAAGACCUCUAGAGCCAAUCAGUGAUGACUCAGAAGACAUUCAAGCACUCACUCCUGGACACUUUCUUAUUGGGUCAGCAAUCAACACUGUUCCUGAACCAUCAACCUCAGAACCUGCACAUUCAAUUCAAAAUCGAUGGCGGAUCAUUCAACGACAAUCACAGCAAACAAUUCAAGUUGGUGCAUUAGCCUUGCUAACAGAUGAAAGAUUUCCCCCCUCCACGAAAUGGCCACUCGUGAGGAUAAUUCAACUACACCCAGGGCAAGAUGGGCUUCCACGAGUAGCAACGGUGAAGACACCAACAACGACGUUGGUCAGACCAAUCGUCAAGCUAGCCAUUCUACCAAUCAACCCAACUCCUGAAGCCCAGCAGCAGAAUCAACCAGAAGACAAUCAUCAACCAGUUGCUGAUGGCGGGCGGCAUGUUGAGAAUUGA